GGGCCUGAAGCAAUUGGCGAGCCGGCCCCGCCGAUCCCGAAACGGCAUGUAUAUACCACACAUGCAUGCGCGACAACGGCAUACAAACAAUUGGCAGUCCGCCUAGAAGACACCCUUGCAUAUUCCUUCGGUCGAAAUAUCUGCAUCAUGCCUAACGGAAACUGGAUCCUCGGAGACCUCUUCACCAAGGAAUAUGGACAUCGCGGCAGUAUUCAGAAACUCUGGGAACAACGAUGGAAGUUUCCCUGCACAAAAGGCGUCUACCCUUUCCAUGAUGGGAAGUUCGAAGAUUUCGAACCGAUCUUUAAGCAUCUCAUUGACAACAACAUCAACGACCCGUACGAUGAUGCAUACACAAAUGCUUUCUUAUCAACUGCGCAACGCCUAGCGAAAGAAGCUAAAGAGAUGGAGAGCAAGGACAAAGAGGCAGCGAAGAAGCUAUACCUAAACGCCAACGCCGUGUACAGAUUAGCGCGAUUCCCCUACAUCGGCACAGAGCUAAAGAAGAGGGUCUUCGAAGAGCAAAAGGAAGUUUACUUCCGCGGCGCACAACUAUGGGACAUUCCUCUCGAAGAAGUCGUGAUACCACACAAACAAGCCUCCAACGGUGACGGCACCUCAAUACCCCUCUACAUCCGCAAACCCACCGGCCCGGGCCCCUUCCCCACCGUCCUCCUCAUCACCGGCCUAGACGGCCACCGCCCCGACAACACCGAGCGCACCCAAGAGCAUCUGAACCGCGGCUGGGCAACUGUAAUCUGCGACAUACCCGGCACAACCGUCGACUGUCCCGCCAAUAAGCGCGAUCCGCUCUCCCCGGACCGCCUCUUCAGCAGCAUUCUAGACUGGAUCAAAGAGACAUCAUAUCUAGACGAGAAGAAAGUCAUAGCAUGGGGUCUCUCAGCCGGCGGCUACUACGCCAUCCGCCUCGCACACACGCACUCUUCCCGCCUCCUCGGCAGCGUCGGCCACGGUGCCGGUACACACCACUACAUCGGUUCGGAAUGGCUCUCCCAGAUCUCCAAACACGAAUACCCGUUCGGUCUCGAAGAAGCCUACAUCCAGAAAUACGGCUAUUCGUCCUUCGAGGAGAUGAAAGACAAAUGCCAAGACGAAUUCUCGCUCGUGAGUGGGAAAGGCGAGGGUGUGGCUGUUGUAGGGAUGGGUAUGAGCAGUUGUAGGUUGUUGCUUGUGAAUGGCGUGUUAGAUGGGUGUAUGCCGGUUGAGGAUAGUAUGUUGCUGGCCGAGUAUGGGAGUCCAAAGGAGAUGCGGUUUAUGCAGGGGAGGUUGCAUAUGGGGUAUCCUGAGGCGAAUGGGACGGUUUAUCCGUGGAUGGAGGGGGUUAUGGGUGGCGUUUAGAUGGGGAGUAGUAUGCUGAGAAUGUUCAUUACGAUUAAUCAGAUCUUUCGACAUAUGGAGCUUUGUCCGAGGCUCACUAUAUAUGUCAAGACAGCUGCAAACCUCAACUACCUGCUCGCGUUAGGUUGGGACAAAAAGGAACGCAAACUCAAGAUGGCCAUAAUAGUAACAAAGAUCUUUGAGUAUUCCAAUCUUCAG